GUUUGCCUACACUUCCGUUAUUGGGGCCUGUGCGAAAGCUGCGCAGUGGCAGGCAGCGUUGGCAACAUUUCAAGCCACGGUGGCAGCUGCGGUGCGGCCGAACACCGUCACAUGUAAUUCCUUGGUGGAUGCCAUGGCCAGUUCCUCUGGCCAGUGGCAGCGAGCUCUCAGCUUUCUCUCCGAGCUGGCGCAGCUCGAGGUCCAGUCAGAUGAGAUCACCUGGACUUCGGCAAUCCGAGCAUGCGAAAGCUGCAGCGAGUGGCAAUGGUCCAUUGCCCUGUUGGACGGCAUGUCUGUGUGGAAUAUUAUGCCGAACAUUGUCAGCUACGCCUCUGUCGUUCGAGCCUGUCGCUGGAGUUGCGCUUGGUCCUGCGCUCUCGCGCUCAUGGAGAGGAUGGCCACUCAGACAAUCCAGGCAGACCUAUUGUUCUGCAACAUGCUUCUGAGCCUCUUGGCCAAGGCGGAGCAAUGGCGCUUGGCUUGCGAAUUCCUGGCUACGAUGGCUUGGAAUCAGAUGGAGCCUGAUGAAACGUCUUGGGCAACAGUCGCGGACGUGGGCAAGGAAUCAUCCCAGUGGAGAGUGGCCUUGGGUGCUCUUUCAGGAUGCAGAGCUGCCGCCACACCGCUGAACGCGCAGCUUCACACGGCGGCAGUCAGUGCAGCAGCAGACGCGAGCGAAUGGCGUACUGCCAUGCGUGUUUGGUCUAGCUCUUCGCUGGCAAGGGAGAACGAGCGGAGCGUCGGUGCUGCUGCCUGCGCUUUCCAGGAGGGUGCACGAUGGCUGCCGGCCCUU